AUGAGUCCCCUGUCGUUUGAUGAAGAUCAACAUAUAGAACAUGAAGAUUAUAUUACUCAUAUUGAUUCAUCAGCAAAUUCACCAACAUUAUUUUUUGCAACAAUAAAACGUGUUGUUUUCUUAGUUGGAAAUGAACCAAUACCAAAUCAAUAUAAAAUUGAAUGUGAUAUUAAUUAUAAAGAUAUUAAAGGUUCACCAACUGUUAAAUUUGAUCUGAAUUUUAUUGAAAUUACUAUAAAAGUAAUUUUCGAAUAUCUUUUUAAGACUUUUCCAGAAAAAUUCGAUUUUAGGAAACAAAUGCUAUUUGAAUAACUAAAAAAGAUGGUUCAUAUGUUAAAGUUGUUCCUUAUCAAAGUGUUAGAGAAGCAAAAGUAAGUUUUAUUUAUUUAUUUCCGAAAAGUUUUAUUUGAUUUUCUCUUUAUUGUAUAUUGUUGAUAAAAUCAUUGAAACAACAACUGUAUUGAAACUUUAAUUUGUUAUUAAAAAAAUCAAAGACUUUUUUUAUUAUUUAAUCUUUAAUGUAUGUAUAUUAGUUUCUUUUUCUUCAUAUUGCUAUUCUUCAAACAUUCUCUAAUCUUAUUCAAGCGAUCAUAUCUUUCGAUUAAAUUAUUUUUUCUUAAAAACAAAACUAAUGUUCAUAUUGAGAUGAUUUUAUUGAAUUAUUCUAAAAUAGUUUGAACUUUCUGUAGAAUUUUUCAAUUCAUAAUCAGUAUUUGUUGUUAUGAGUAUGAGACUUCCUUCAAAAAUGAAAAUUUUAUCUUGACAAGAUCAUAAUAAAAAUAUCGACGAAGUUGAGAUUAAAAAAACAACUAUGCAUUGAAUUUAUUUGUUUUGAAAUAAAAAAAUCUCAUAUCAGAAAUGUAAAAAGUCAGUUUCAUAAUCUAUUAGAUGAAGAACUUGCCUUUUAUAAACAGCUGUUUAAUACUUCUGAUUCACGACGCUCAUUUCAAGUAUUUACGUCCUACAGUCGAAGCCGUGAAAAAGCUGACGAAUUCUGCAAGGUAUUGUUUCUUUUGGCAAUGCGCAGAGGAUUUAUGUCUGAUGUAAGUCCAUACUCCGAAUGUUUUCUAUUCUUGCUUCAUUUUAACAGAAUAAUUAAUACUAAAGAAAAAUACAUAGAUUUUAUUGAAAGAAGACUUCUUUUUUUCUUGAAAUACAAAUGAGAACAAAAAAAAAGCAUUAGAGACCAAACAUAAACUUAAUUAAUCAGAACGAAAAAACAUUAUAUAAUUUAACUGAGACAAGCUUCUGUUUCAAGACAUUAUUUUUUUCAAUAAUUAAUUAUAAACAUCGAUUUAAGAUAAGAUAAAGAAUGGAAGAUUGAUUUAAUAAACUUGAUUAAGAUCUUCUCGACGAAAAAAACGAUAAUUAAAGGAGUCGUUUCAUGUUUUUUAUUUAUUGAAGAAUAUUUUUGAGAUUUGAUCGUCGAGGAGAUGAUUCACCAGAUCAAUCGCUUUUUACAGUAAUAUUCAUUUCGUUUAAUGGAAUUGUAUAAACUUGAGAUUCUAUCUAUUAGAGAAAAAAAGAAGAAUAUAUUUGAUGAAUUUCCAUCAGAAAAACAUUCACUAUCAUUUGAAUAUAAAAGGGUCUCGAAGGUUGUUGUUGGAAAGGAGAGAACGAUGACUAAAACUCAGUGUUGCUUUAAUAGAAAUUUUAAGAACGAUAUUUACCGUUGGUUGAUAAGUGACGAUGAUGGUGUUGAUAUGUCCUACGUCAUUUUCUGUUUGUUCAUUUGGUAUUUGCUUUCGUUCAACAACAACAGUACUUUCAAUCAGAACAGAUAUUCAUCUAAAAAUUUAAAAAUUAAAAAGAUUUUUCUUUGUUUUUCUUCUAACUAAGAAUGUUAACAUGGACAAAGUGUAUAAGCAUCAGUAGACAGUCAUAAAUUUUCUUUCUUUACACUUUCAGCGAUCGUUUCGUUGGUUGAAAAAAUCCCUUUUCGUUUCUCUAAAAGGGAUUCAUCUAGUGCGUUUAGAUACAAUUCACGUUUGCUUAUCUGCUAACAAAUGAUUUGUUACUGCAUAAUUUUGGUUUUAUUCAUAAUAAUAUAACAAAUGAAACUAGUUCAGAACGAAAAUGGUUAAGAGUUGUUUAUUCAUAAUUAUAACCUAAAAGUAUUUUUACGUUUGUCAAAUUUUCAUCUAGUACAAGAUAUAAUAUUUACGAAUUAAAAGCUCGAAAAAAAUGUGAAAUUAAUUAUGUAAAAUAAAAAUCAAAACAAUUUAUUAAAAGUCAUACACAAUUUGUUUUUGAUCGACAUUUUUCAAUUGCAAGAUUUAUUUUUAAAUAGAUAUUAUUUGAUUUCUCAUAUAAUAAUACCUACUCACUGUAGAAAACAUAACAGCUUCUCAGAGGAAAGGUCCUUGCUCAACACAAAUAAAUACCGUUAAAAGACUUGAUCAUUUUAUAUGAAACUUAUAAAAGUU